UUGUUCGUCUGCAGUGAGGAUAAUGUAUCAAUAUCUCCUUUUCUUGAUCUUGGCAAUCGGAGUUUUCACCGGACUUCUGUAUUUGAUCAUGUUCUUGAUGGAUCUCAUUGGAACGCCGGCGUCGAGCAAAGCCUAUUUCGAAAGUUCCGAUAAAUUAACUGUCAACGUAGUUCCAUUGAAAGUCAACAGAGAACUUCCGGAACCUCUAAUCUGGUACACGUUGAAAGGGGAGGAUAGCUCGGAAAAUCGACGAGUUUCGGGGUACAUCAAGAACAUCAAAGAAUUCUUGAAAGGUAAACCAAUACUAAAGAUUAUUUGGAAUGAUGUUUGUGAAAUUUGAAUACUAGAAAACGAGC